AUGGACGUCACCAGUGCUCAUCUACUCCUGAGUUGGUUGCUGAUGCAGGUCUCCUUCCUCUCGUCUGAGCAAUUGCCCCGCUCCAGCCAACAGCAGUGUCUUCUGUUGGAGAACUUGUUUGAGCUGUCGUCAGAUCCACACUUGACAAAUAUGGAGUUCUUGACAAAGUGCAAUGAGGACCAGCUGUUCAAAUUGACAAAGUUGUACCGGGACAGACUAGAACAAGCAAUUGAAGAAGUCUCGGUUGAAAUCAGCACGUUGCUAACAUAUGAGAAGCAUUUCACUGGACAGGAGCAUCAGAAAGUCAUUGAACUUGUGGAGAAGGGAAACCAGGCGGACAGUUCCAAACUUCUCCUAACUCUUGUGAUGGGGAAAGGCUCUGUGGCUCGAAGAAUGAUGUGGGAAUCCUUUGUGAAAAUGCACCAUAGAUUACCAAAGUUGGAUAAAAUACUUAACGAAAUACAGGAAAUUGAUUUUGAACAACUUGAUAACGUGAACAUGGCAAAAGGUUUACCUGAAAUCCCCAGCAACCUGAAAGGUGUUCAGGAAAAACACAAGGAAGUACUCUGUGUACAAACUCAAACACUGCAAGUAAGCACAAUCCUAGUAAAGGAGAAGGUGAAGACUUUCCAGCUGGUUGAUCGAUAUGCUGAGCUAACGGUCAUCUCUGCUGUUCGAGAUCGGAAACUUGUAGAGCAUGAAUUGCUGGCAAGAGGCCGAGACCAUGAGGAGUGGAGAGAGAAACAUCUCCGGAGAGAACUGGAAAAAAUUCCAGUCGAUUGCUUGUUCCAGAGCAGUUUUUCCUGGGUAGGAUUUUUGGUCCAGAAAUUAAAGAAAUGGGUUUGGCAAUCCAAUUUCGGGAGUUCAGCAGUAGUGAGUGGAGUCCCAGGGAUUGGAAAAACAACAAUGGUGCAGAAGAUUGUUCAUGACUGGGCCACAGGGAAAAUAUACCCACACUUUCAAUUUGUUUUCAGCUUUAAAUUCCGGCACUUAAACACUUAUAAUGGCAGGGUUAACCUGAGAAAUCUGAUACUGGAUAUGUAUCCUUACUUUGAGAAUGUUCUGGGAGAGCUCUGGAAGAACCCAGAGGGUUUGCUUUUUAUAUUUGAUGGUUUGGAUGAAUUCAAGGAGAGGAUCGAUUUUGCAGGCCAUCAGAGAAGCACAGCACCUCCGCACAUGUGCACAGACCCUGAAAGCUGGUGUGAGAUGUCUGACAUUGUGUACAGUUUAAUCCAGCACAAGCUGCUCCCAGGAUGUUCAGUGUUAGUGACCACUCGUCCCACUGCAUUACAUUUAUUGGAAGUGGCUGAGGUCAGUGUCUGGGCUGAAAUCCUGGGAUUUGGUCGUGAUGAACAGAGGGAGUACUUCAACAAGUUUUAUGAAGAUAAGAAAGUGGCAGCAGCUGUUUUGAAACACUUGGAGGAGAAUGAGAUCCUGUACACUAUGUGCUAUAACCCUUCAUACUGCUGGAUCCUCGGUCUGUCACUCGGUCCCUUCUUCAAGCAAAGAGGCAGGAAACAGCAGCAUGUUCCCAGGACCGUCACUCAGCUAUAUUCCUACUUUAUUUAUAACGUUCUGGAAAACCAUGGCCGAGAGAUUGAAAACCCUCGUGAAGUGUUACUACAGCUUGGUAGGAUGGCCUUUGCUGGAGUCUCUGGGAAGACAAUUGUGUUUACAAGUGAAGAUUUGGUCCAGUACAACCUCCAACCUUCCCAGUUCCUGUCUGGUUUCCUGAUGGAACUUUUGGAGAUGGAUGAUUCUGUUCGCAGCAUAGUUUACACUUUCCCACACCUCACCAUCCAAGAAUUCAUAGCUGCGUUGGCACAGUUCCUCACUUCAGAUUCUGGGAACAUACAGGAACUCCUCAGUAAAGCCCAUAGCAUGGAAGAUGGGCGCUUUGAGAUAUUUCUCCGUUUUGUUAUUGGUCUGUCUUCUCAGGCAGCCAGGCCUCUGGAGAAGCUCCUUGAUUCAUUUUGUCAUGUGACAAUCUGUCAAGUGAUUACUUGGGUGAAGGAGAAGGUUGAGGAACAGAUUAAAAACGCAGCAAGUAAACCUGAUCAAACCAACCUGUUGAACGCAUUGCACUACAUGUUUGAGUCUCAGAAUAAAAAACUGCUUCAGGAAAUUGUGGAAUCUGCAGAAAUAUUUAAUUUGCGUGGACUGAGACUGACUCCAAUUGACUAUCUGGUCCUAUCCAGUGUCUUUGAAUUCUGUGAUUCGAUUAGAAAACUCGACCUGCGGAAUUGUUACAUUAAGUGUGAAGGAUUGCAACGGCUGGAUUCCAUACUCCAAAAAUGUCGUGUGUUGAGAUUGAGUUUUAAUGAACUUGGAGAUUCAGGUGUGAAACUACUGUCUGUAGUUCUGAGGAAGCCAGACUGUAAAAUAAAAGAACUGGGCCUGGAGGAAAACUGUCUGACAGAUUUUUGUGCCGGAGAUUUCUCAUUUGCACUCAGUGUGAACAGGUCACUGAAUGUGCUGAAUCUGAGUAAUAAUAAGCUGGGUGAUUCUGGAGUGAAGUUACCGUGUGUCGCUCUGAGGAACCCUGACUGUACAAUACAGAAACUGCAGCUGGAUGCUAACCGUCUCACAGAUUCUUGUACUGAAGAUCUUGCCGCGGCCCUUAGUUCAAACCGGAAACUGACACGGCUGAAUCUGGAAUGCAACUCGUUCACUGAUCAAUCAAUCCCAGCACUCCGCCGUAUCAUAAUGAAGUGCACUGGUCUAGGUUGCAUCGAGCUGUGGGACAACAAGUUCAGCUCAGAUGGAAAACAUCAACUCAAAUCACUCCAGGGUACAAGAUCUGGACUCAUUGUGGAGUUGUCAUCACUCCAAAGGGUUAUCCACAAGGGUUUCCAAGAGGAAGUUGACCAGUUCAUCAACUUCAUGGUCACCUUUCACUCUGACCUCAAGUUCAACUGGACGAUGACAGACACCUCCCUCUCCUUCCUGGACCUCACCAUCUCCAAUUCUGGUGACCGGCUCAACAGGAAUAUCUACUUUGAACCCACUGAUUCCCGCAGCUGCCUGAACUACACCUCCUCCCACCUCACUCCCUGCUCUUCAGAGUACACCUUUCCAGUGCACGUGAUUCAUGGGGCCAUGAAGCAGCAGAUAAAUCUGACCAUCGCUGCAGGAAUGAAGGUUCUCUUCACUAUGCCUAAAUCAGAGAUCCCGUGA